GCGGGGCAGGCCGCGGCCGGAGCGGCCCCGGGCGGGGACUUCUGGCACUUUCUGGGACCUGCGGGGCUCGCAGACCUUCGGGCCGGAAACCGUGCGUACCCGCUACCGGGGCCCUCGUCGUCUGCGCCGCCCGGGCCGCCAUGGCCAAGUGGGGUCAGGGGGACCCGCGCUGGAUCGUGGAGGAGCGGGAGGACGGGACCAACGUGAACAACUGGCACUGGACAGAGCGGAAUGCCACUGUCUGGUCCAAGGGGAAGCUCCGAGAGCUCCUGGUUGGCCUUGCUGUGGAGAACGAGGCUGGCCGAUGUGAAAUCAGUGAGUUGAAGCAGGUGGAAGGAGAGGCUUCCUGUAGCAGCCGCAAAGGAAAGCUGAUUUUCUUCUAUGAGUGGAACAUCAGGCUGACCUGGAAAGGUACAGUUAAAGAAUCUGGUGCAAAACACAAAGGAUUGAUUGAAAUACCCAGCCUUUCCGAAGAGAACGAAGUCGAUGACACCGAGGUGAACGUGAGUAAAAAAAAAGGAGAUGGGGACAUACUGAAGGAUCUUAUGAAAACUACAGGCACUGCCAAGGUCAGGGAGGCUCUUGGAGAGUACCUGAAGGCGCUCAAGACGGAAUUUACAACAGGAAUGAUUUUACCAACAAAAGCUGUAGCAACCCAGGAACUGACUGCUCAGAGGAAACUGACUGGAAGUACUUUGCAGGUGCAGGCUUCUCCAGUGGCACUGGGUGUAAGGAUUCCGACUGUAGCCUUGCACUUGACGGAGCAGUUUGACACGACAGUAGAACAGCUGUACAGUAUCUUCACCGUGAAAGACUUGGUGCAAAAGUUCUCCAAAUCUCCUGCUGUAUUAGAAGCUGAAAGGGGAGGGAAAUUCCAGAUGUUUGAUGGGAACAUCACUGGAGAAUAUGUGGAACUGUUAACAAACAGGAAGAUCACCAUGAAAUGGAGAUGCAGGAACUGGCCGGAAGGUUAUGGAGAAUGUGAUGGCCUGACUCUGGAAUAUUUGGACACCCAUUUCCAUUCUUCUGGAGAUGAACAAACUGGCAAGCAGUUUAAGAUUUACAUUUGUUUCACAUGUGAUCACUAUGUGUAGCAUGUAUGGAUCUGCUCCUGGUGGACUGGUAAAGCUAGCUUUGGAUCUGCAUCAGAUGUCAGGGGUGGUCUGAAAUAUAUUCACUCUUUGAAGGGAAAACAGACAUUUUCAAAUCUCCCUAAAAAGAAGCAGGAAUCAGAGUGUGCUUUCUGUAUGAAUACCAUGAAUUUGUAUAUGUUUAAUUUAGCCAAUGAAAGAAAGCAGUUUUAGGGGCUAGAGAGAUGGCCUGGCAGUUCAGAGCAUGUACUGCUCUUACAGAGGACCAGUAUGAGUAUGGUGGCUCAAGCACCUGUAACUCUAGUCCCAGGGCUCUGCCUUCUGGCUCCCCCAGGUACCAGAAACACACUGGUGCACAGACAUGUGUAGGCAAACAUUCACACUCACACAAUAAAUCAAUCUUUAAUAAAUAUGUAGCAACAUGCCUGGCCUUUAACCAGUUUUAGCUAAGUGUUGAGGCAUGCCCUGUAAUUCCAGCACUACUGAAGCAGCAACAAGUGGAUCUCUGUGAGAUGCCAGCCCGUCUACACUGAAUUGGACAGCCAGGCUACAGUGUUGUUUUGUUUUCUAAGUACAUGUUACUUGAAAAGAACUUUUUUCUUUAACACAUUCAGAAAAAUUUCAUAAUGUUAAAUGCUAAAGGUACAAGACCCUUGUUUUGUCACUGAAAAUGAAAAUUUAAAUGAUGAUGAAAUUUAACAUUUAACUUUUAUCCAAACAUCCUAUUAUUUAUUUUGUUCAUAAACUUUGGGACAUAAAGUGAUUAAUUAUAGUUUGCCAAUACCAUUUUCUAUGCUACUUAAAAAAAUUCUAAUCAUAAGCUGGGCAAGGUCAAGAAUACCUUUAAUACCUGCACUAAGAAAGCAAUGGAAAGCAGAUCUCUGAGUUAGAGGCCAGUGUGGUCUAUAGUGUAAGGAGUCAGGGCUACAUAGAGAUACCAUAUGUCAACAAAUAAAACAAAAACAUUGCAUGAUCAUUAUAAUUUCACCCUUACAAAUGUAUUUAACUUAGAAAGCAAAAGUACCCCAUAAUUUCAUCCUUAUGUAAUGACAGUAUUAUUCACUUGUUUUUGUUUGUUUUUAGACAGGAUCUCUCUGUGUAGCCCUGGCUGUCCUAGAACUCACUAUGUAAACCAGGCGGGCUUUGAACUCAAGAGUCUCUGUUUCUCAAGUGCUGGGAUUAAAGGUGUGCACAACCACUCUUGGCCUUAUGCCUGUUACUAAGGGUGAUAUUCCACUCCUUUGUAAGAAUGUGGUUUUAAUCUCUGUAUUACUUGUUCACCCUGAGUGCUAGGGAUUGAACCCAAUACCUGGGUUUACUGCUGGAUCACUGAACUACAUACCUUUCAAGUCUGUUUUCCAUAUAACUCAAGGAACGUUAUCUAGUUUGUUUUGAAGACUAUAUAAUACAAAUGAAAUGUCUUACUAAACUAUGCUCUUAUUGAUGGACAUUUUUGUUUUCAAUUCCCCACACUGUGAAUGAAGUGAAAAUAAACAGCCUCUGUAUGUUGUCCUACAUUGUUACAAACAGAAUAAAUUUCUGUUCUGCUAU